CAAGCCCUAAUCUUUCUUCUGUUCAAACUUCCGAAGCAAACCUUGUACUGCAGUGAUCCAAUAAUAACAACCCCAAGCCCCAAUUCAUAUUAUUAGUGAUAACUUGGGGAAGCAGGAUGCCGGGCGUGCGGUAUUUGCCUCCUGUAAACACGUUAGAGCAAAAGUUACAGAUUGAAAAGAGGCUUGGUAGCGUAAAAUCAUGCAAAUACUUUAGUCUUCUCACGAAAUUUCUCAGUCUCAAAAUUAGUAAAUCUGAAUUUGAUAGGCUCUGCAUAGCAACUAUUGGUAGAGACAAUGUUCCGCUUCAUAAUCAUUUUAUCAGGUCAAUCUUGAAAAAAGCGUCUCUCUCCAAGACAGCCCUGCCAAGAAAUAGCACAGUGGAAGGUUCUUUGAAUGUCAAAACGCCCAAUGGGUGUAACAAUCUUCAGUUUCUGUGCAAGGAUUUUCUUCAAUCUCCUCGGAGAGGUAGGACUCCAAACUUGCGUUGCCGCAGAUUCAGGGACCGUCCUAGCCCUCUUGGUCCUCAAGGGAAGAACAACGACAUUGGGUUUGAGGAUUCGGCCCCUAAAAUUCAUGAGCAGCAAAACACUGUUGGUCCUCAAGGGAAGAACAACGACAUUGGGUUUGAGGAUUCGGCCCCUAAAAUUCAUGAGCAGCAAAACACUGUUGAUCUACAUUCUGUAGGUAGCAAGCGCCCUCUAUCUCUGGAAGAUGGGGAGGAGGUUGAUGAGGAUUCUGAAAGCCUGAACAUAUAUAGAAGGAGUCCUGUUCGUGCGCCUUUGGCAAUUCCCACCUACAAUAAAAGAGCACGAAAACUUUCAUGUAAAGGAUUACCAUCCGAUACCGUUACUGAUACCUGUAAAAGCAUUGGUCAACUGCCUGAUGCACCUUCUUUAACAAAAAGGUUGGAGCAGAAAUUGGAAAUGGAAGGAUUGAUGAUAUCAGCGGAUGCAGCCAACUUGUUAAAUAAUGCGCUUGAUGUUUACCUCAAAAGAUUGAUUAAACCCUGUUUGGAUUUAGCUGCUUCAAAAUCGGGAAAUAAAUUUAGUGGUCCAAUCCAAUCUGGUUUGUAUGGGCUACCUAUUGGUAGGCGUGUGCAAAAGCCAAUUGGAUCUGUUUCUGACUUUAGAACAGCAAUAGAGUUGAAUCCUACUAUACUAGGGGUAGAUUGGUCACUACAUUUUGAGAAGGUUUGCCUACGUGCAUCCGAAGAAUGAACUAAAGCAAGUUCAACAUUGUACUGAUCCAAGCUAUAGUUUGAGUUUUCCUCAAAGUUAGGAUAUUGGAAUGGGUUAAAUCCUUUCUGAAUCUGAUAUUGGUUUUUCUCUCAUAAAUUGCAGACGAAAUAUUAGUGUAAAUAUGGGAAGUUUUGAAUUCGGUGACCAUUCUGU